AUGGGGAAUCUUUUCUGCUGCGUGCUGGUGAAGCAAUCGGAUGUUGCGAUCAAGGAGAGGUUUGGCAAAUUUCAAAAAGUUCUGAAUCCUGGUCUCCAAUUUGUUCCCUGGGUCAUCGGUGAUUACGUCGCCGGUAGCCUCACUCUCCGUCUCCAGCAACUCGAUGUUCAAUGCGAAACCAAAACAAAGGACAAUGUGUUUGUGACAGUGGUUGCAUCCAUACAAUACAGAGUCUUAGUUGACAAGGCAAGUGAUGCUUUUUACAGACUUAGCAAUCCAACUACCCAAAUCAAAGCCUAUGUCUUUGAUGUGAUCAGAGCAUGUGUUCCAAAGCUGAACUUGGACGAUGUCUUCGAGCAGAAGAAUGAAAUCGCCAAAUCAGUGGAAGAAGAGUUAGACAAAGCCAUGACUGCUUAUGGUUAUGAAAUCCUUCAAACAUUAAUCAUCGACAUCGAGCCUGAUCAACAGGUUAAACGCGCCAUGAACGAAAUCAAUGCAGCGGCGAGGAUGAGAGUGGCGGCGAACGAGAAAGCAGAGGCAGAGAAGAUAAUUCAGAUAAAGAGAGCAGAAGGUGAAGCUGAGUCUAAGUACCUGUCGGGACUCGGAAUCGCACGACAGAGACAAGCGAUCGUUGACGGUCUGAGAGACAGUGUUCUUGGGUUCGCCGGAAACGUGCCGGGGACAUCAGCGAAAGAUGUGUUGGACAUGGUGAUGAUGACUCAGUACUUCGACACAAUGAGAGACAUCGGAGCUCACUCCAAAUCGUCGGCGGUUUUUAUCCCUCACGGUCCCGGCGCCGUCUCCGACGUGGCAACACAGAUUCGAAAUGGAUUAUUGCAGGCCCACCAAACCCAUGACUAA